CACCCCCCUGUUGAUACAGCCCAGGAUACCGUUGGCUGUAAGGGCUGCAAGCACACACUGCUGCCUCAUGUCCAGCCUCUUGUCCUCCACAACCUACACAUCCUCCUCCACAGGGCUGCUCUCACUGAGUUCUUCUCCCAGUCUGCGUGCAUAUCUAGGAUUGCCCUGAACCGAGUGCAGCACUCUGUGCUUCGCCUUGUUGAACUCUGUUAGGUUCACAUGGCGCCACUUCUCAGUCCUGUCCAGGUCCCUCCGGAUGGCAUCUCUUCUGUUGCAUCACUUCCCGAGGGGUGCUGGACAGACAGAGUAAAAUCAGGAUGCUAAGUUUUAGGAAAGCCAACUUCCAGCUCUUCAGGGAUUCAAACAACAGAACACCCUGCAAAUCUGUCCUCAUGAGCAAGAAUGCGGAACAGAGGUGGCAGACCUCCAGGGAAGCUCUCCGUCCCCAGGUGCAGCAAGUCAGGAAACAUAGGCAAGAGACCAGUGUGGCUGGGGCUGCUCAGGCCAAGCAGAAGAGGCUCAGAACAUCCAUCAGCACUGAGGCCCGUUUGGAGAUGUGGGGCAGGAAGCGCAGAGAGGAAACGGCGGGCCAGCGCAGCAGAUGGCCAGGUUUCACUUUUGGAAGUGGCCGCCUGUGCUCCGUGCCCCCUGAGUGUGCGUUCCUGGGAAGGUUCGUCUGGAGGAUCAGUGAUGUAAACUUCUCCAGCUCUGCAGCCCUCCUUUGGACACUCUCUCCUAGCAUCUCAUGGAGUGGCAGCCCAAGCUGCACCCAGCGCUGGAGGCGAGGCCGCACAGCGCAGAGCAGAGCGGGAAGCCGCUUCCCUGGCCUGGCAGUGCUGGGCCUGACGCAGCCCAGGGUACGGUUGAGCCUUCUGACUGCCAGGCGCACUGCCGGCUCAGAUUCCACUGGCCCUCAAACCAGAUCCCUUUUUGCCAGGCUGCGCUCCAGAACUUCCCCCCUGAUGUCUGCACACAGAGCCAGGGCAGCCCAUCCCAGGUGCAGAACCCAGCGCUCGCCCUUCUUUGUGCAGAUGGGAACACCCUCAUUUUGUCCAGAUCUCAAGGCAAGGCCUCUUUAUCCUCAAGGAGGUCUAAACUCCUCCCAGCUUAGCAUCACCCACAAAUUGACUGGUACAACUAACAGAUCUUUAUUGGAAUCAACAGUAAAAACAAGAUAGAGAAACGGCCUUAACAUGGAGCCCUGCAGAAUCCCAGUGGUGACACAUAGGGCAACUGCCAGGACAAAGUCACCCAGUCCUCCAGGGCAGCCAUGUUUUAGUUGUCAAGGGACAUUGUAAGGCAUGCAUAGCCAAGGCUUUAUGAUGCCAUGAGCCACCUCCCUGACAAAAGCUCUAAAUAUGGGAAACCUGGCAACAGAACACCAGCUGUGAUGCAAGGCAGCCAGCCAAUAAAGGCAGGCAGGGGCCACAAAUCCAGCCGACGCAACCAGGGACCACGACUGCA